ACAACACGCCGCGAGCGCGGUCUCUCUGACCCCAAGUCAACCGCGCCUGCGCGAAACUCGGACGGGAGCGGCACUGGGUUUAUAGUAACUUUAAAAUGGCUAGCCUACCGGUCGGCACCGCGGUGAAACUGCAGGGCCUUAGCAACGCGGAUUACAACGGGAAGAAAGGAAUCAUAGCGGUAACGGCGAAGGAACUCGCAGACAGGGGCCGCGUCGCGGUCAUCGUCGACGGCACGACGCUGUCGUUUAAGCGGGUCAACGUCCGGCGCCAUUUUCCGUCUGACGACUCGGACGAGUCGGACGAAGCUCCUGGGUCCGACGACGAGGCGCCGCCGCCGCCGAAGCGGGCCAAGUCGGCGGCGGGCGGCGUCUUCGCGCUCUCGAUCCUGACGGGCUGGAGCAGCAUCGAGACGUCGACGAUCGUGGGCGUGUACGCGACGUGGGCCGAGGUGAUAGCCAAGGCGAAGCAAAUUCUCGAGAAGGGGAACGGCUACGGAGAGAAUUUCUGGUGUACGGAAGAGAACGGGGGCUACCGCGAGGUGUACUCCGACGAGGAAUACGAAGGCGAAGGCUUCGAGGACAAGACCGACACCGCCAAGGAGCCGAGCGGCGAGCGGUACGACGUCACGGUCGAGCUCGCGACGGCUCAGCACUGCGAGGGCGCCAAGGGCAACAUGAUCCUCGUGGCCCAGCGGCUGAGCGGUGUCGCGCUGGCGUGA